AUGUGCCAGUCAGAGGUACCAGAGGCCAGACGUGGUUGAAGCAGUCCUGACCCACUGGUGAGAGAGGCCUUCCUGAUGGCCCAUGAUUACAUAGACUAUGUGAUCACAGACAGCACAACGGGUCCUGCCCCCACUGCAGCCACUAGGGAUGUGCUCCUUACAUGCUAUGACAUCUUCAGACGCUGGCCACGUGUCUUCCAAGAUGUGACAGAGAAUACCGCAUCCCCUACACUCAUGAGGAUCCUUGAUAAACACUUCUUCCCCACUGUCCCUGGGGGUCGACGCCGGGACCUGGCACAGAGCGCAGAAUUGUCAGUCUAUACUCUAGCUGGCCAGAUGGCCUUGCAUUGCCAUGAAAAUGGCAUGGUGGUGGUUAUGCCUCAGCUGAAGGAGUGUGUGGGUGCUUAUGUAGAGAGGGUCAUUUGCCCUGAGAUCAGAGAAAGGGGAGGAUGGGAUGGUUUUGUGUCACGAUUAGGGGGCAACCCGAACCUGGAGGCUCAGGUGAAGGAAGUGUGCUGCUGCACCCUGCUGGCUUCAGCCUCAAGCGUCCGCAGCUACGGCUUGUGGAAAUUUGUUUUAGCCAACAUUGCCAGCUAG